AACUACUACAUUCUGACUUUUUUUUGUCAUUAAAUCUUAACUUGGGGCCGAAGCCAACAAAGUUUGAACAUCAAAUGCAAAGAAGACAAGAUAAAACCAAACGAAAACAUCAGUAAAUGCUUCAGAAACAGCCCAUAUAAGAUGGGUAAAAGAAAAUAAAAUGGCCAGACGGAGACCUGCACAACUCCAGGAUGAAGGAGAAGAGACAGGCGUACGGCCUUCAGGCGAUCAGCUCAUACGUUUGCUGUCGACUCUCUGAGGAUCAGGUUGUGAAGCCACGAUUCUGAUUUGUUUGUAUUCUAUACUUUUAUAAUUGAGCAUACUCAUCUUAUUUCUAAAACUGAGAACCAGUUACAGCCUGAAGCAUUUCUUUUGUUGGUUCUGUUUAUUAUACUCUGAAACAUGAUAUUCAAUCUGUUACCAUAUUAUCGUUGACUGGAGGUUGUCCCCGUCAUUUUGUGUGUUUCUUUCACGUGUCAACCUCUUCUUCUAUUUAUGCCUGUUUAUCUCACAGAGUUGCCACUCUCCAAAAAAGGAAAUAAACAAAAGUAGCUACUAAAAAUAGAAUAAUUCCAGCCACCGUCAGGGGCAAUUCCGUAAAAUUUCCAACAAAACUCCAUUCCCACGGCGUAGGCAAGAGGAAGAGGGCAACUCUGAAGUCUGGUGUGAAUAAGAACCACUCCCUCACGCCGGAGUGAAUUUUCACGGUGUUGUUCUCUUCUCACAUCAAAAAAAAAAGAAAAACAUGAAACUGAAUCGCGGAGGAAGCGGAGAGCACGGCCACCACGAGGCCCUGAAGUUUUCAGAUUUCUUCUUCAUGCCGGAGCGGCCACGUGACUACCUCGUGCUUGUCACUCGCGUCUCCGUCCUCACGUGCCUCGUCUUCUCCGUCUCUCUCGUUCUCCGCAUCACUUUUCUAUCCUCCUCCUCCCCGCCUGACUACUCCUCCUCCUACGGUCUCCGUUUCCCCGCCGUGCCUCAGAAGGCACUAGCCCUCCCGCCGGCGAGAUCAACCGGUCCGAUCAAUAUCUCCCACGUUCAGUUCUGUAUCGCCGGAGCAGCUGACACGUGGCUCGAUCGGAGCCGGCUCACCUCCUUGUGGUGGCGCAAUGCCACAACGCGUGGAUCCGUCUGGCUCGAUAAACCGGUGAAUUUCCCUAAGAAUGAUUCCGAUAACCGGUUCUCGAUCCCGGUUCGAGUCUCCGAUUCUGGUUGGACCCGGUUUAGAUUCUCCAGCUCGAGAGCCGCGGUUCGGAUCGCUAGGACGAUAUGGGAUAGCUACAAACUAAAUCUACCGGACGUAAGGUGGUUCGUGAUGGGAGACGACGACACCGUUUUCUUUACAGAUAAUCUCGUGAAGGUUCUCUCGAAGUAUGACCACGAGCAGAUGUGGUACAUUGGUGGAAACUCGGAGAGCGUCGAGCAGGACGUGAUGCACGCGUACGAUAUGGCGUUCGGCGGCGGGGGUUUCGCGAUCAGCCGUCCGCUUGCUGCGCGUUUGGCGGCAGCGAUGGACGGUUGUCUCCAGCGGUAUUUUUAUUAUUACGGUUCGGAUCAGCGAAUCGCGGCUUGCGUUAGCGAGAUCGGCGUUCCGUUCACCGAAGAACGCGGUUUUCACCAGCUUGACAUAAGAGGAGAUCCAUUUGGGUUUCUAGCAGCGCAUCCAUUGGCUCCCCUUGUAUCAUUGCAUCACCUCGUUUUCUUAGACUCUAUAUUCCCCAACAAAAACCCUAUCGAGUCGUUACAAACCCUAAUGAAACCUUACACCUUAGACCCGCAUCGAAUACUCCAACAGGUUAACUGCCAUGACCGCAAGCGCCAGUGGUCCAUAUCCAUUUCUUGGGGAUACUCCAUUCAGAUAUACUCUUACUUCUUGAGCACUACGGAGCUGGAGAAGCCGUUGCAAACCUUCAAAACCUGGCGGUCUUCGAGCGAUGGACCUUUCACGUUUAACACAAGGCCCUUAAAACCUGACCCGUGUGAGCGUCCCGUCACUUAUUUCAUGGAUGGAGCAGAGGAUGUGCGGGAUAGUGGGACUAAAACUUGGUAUAGUGUGGCGGAUAAGAAUUAUGGUUACUGCGGAAAGAGAGAGCAUUCUCGGGUAACUAGAGUGAAGAGGAUAUUGCCCCGGUUGAUAUUGGUGACUUCAAUGAAGAUGGAUCCUGAGUAUUGGAACAAGGCACCAAGGAGACAGUGUUGCGAGGUGAUGGAAGGAGGAGGAAGAAGAAAAGAGAGAGAAAUGUCGAUAAGGAUUAGAAAGUGCAGAUCUUCGGAGACGAUAUAAAAAAUAUUUUAAUUAGAGAUAUAUAUUUGCACAUACAGACUUUAGAUUCGACCAUAGAUUGGUUACUAAUUUCUAGAACAGAGCGUAUGAA